ACCCUGACAGGUGCGUGGGAGAUGUGGAGCGGGAACUCAUGACCUUGGCGGGGAUAGCAGGCACUUGAGAGCUAACCCUGAUGCAUGGCCCGGGCCCGCACUGUCAGGAGCCUUAGUCCCCGCCCCCGUCCCCGCCACGGCACUGGCCAUUCCUCGGACCGCAGCAUGGGACUAGAUCCAGAACCAAAGCUCAGUGUGAGUGCCAGCAACGGUGCCCGGACUCAGUCCGCUCCUCGGGUAUCGACUGCGCGCCGCAGCCAUCGGCCUCCCCACGUGCGCAGCCGUCUGCAGCCCCUACUGCCUGUGCGUCCGCGAAGCCCCACACCCCGAGUAGGGCGCCACUCAGGCCGCCGCAAGCCAGGCCGCCAGCGCCAUGGGUCUGCACAAUGCGCCGCGCAGCCAGGGGCGGUUGCCCGGGGCGACCACAAGACGCCCAGCCGAGAGGCUCGUGGCUCCUGCAGAGCAGCACGCGCUUCAGGGCGGGUCCCAGCAGGGGCUGGGGGCCAAAGGAACCAGCUACUCGAGGCAAGCAUGGAGAAUGGCGAAAGGAAGAAGCUGUCUUCCGCUUUGCCGGAUGAAGAUCACAAAGAAGAAAACAAAUUAAAACAAGGAAUUCCCCAAGAUUUGUCUUCUUCCCCCAAAUUAGACAGAUACAAAAUAGCAAGACAAUUAACAGAAAAAGCCAUCAAGGUAAAUGGGUUUGGGGACUCACGGGUGGGGGUAGCGUUUAAAACAAUGGGAAAUUAUUUUGGAAUUUUAUUUCCAUCAGCCUGUCCUAGAGCAGAGGCACCCACCAAUCACUGGGGCUGGCCGCUGUCUCUCAGAGCCUCAUGCCCUUUCUGGAUCUUGCUUUUUAGUGGCAAUGCCUUCAUCCCUGAUUCAAGAAGUUACUUUUCACAGUGCCAGACUCUGUUGAGUAAGAUCAGUUCUGUGAACCCUCAGACAGAGAUCGACGGGAUUCGGAACAUCUGGAUCAUAAAGCCUGCAGCAAAGUCCCGAGGUCGAGAUAUUGUGUGCAUGGACCGUGUGGAGAACAUCCUGGAGCUGGUGGCCACAGACAAUCAGGCCACAAAGGACAACAAAUGGGUGGUCCAGAAGUACAUCGAGACGCCGAUGCUCAUCUACGACACCAAGUUCGACAUCCGACAGUGGUUCCUCGUCACAGACUGGAAUCCCCUCACCAUCUGGUUCUACAAGGAGAGCUACCUCCGUUUCUCCACACAGCGCUUCUCCCUGGACAAGCUGGACAGCGCCAUCCACCUGUGUAACAACUCCAUUCAGAGGCGCCUCAAGAAUGACAAGGAGCGUAGCCCGCUGCUCCCUGGCCAUAACAUGUGGACCAGCACCCGCUUCCAGGAGUACCUGCAGAAGAGGGGUCGAGGGACAACAUGGGGUACCAUCAUCUAUCCAUCUAUGAAAAAAGCCGUCACCAAUGCCAUGAGGGUGGCUCAGGACCACGUAGAAGCCCGUAAGAACAGCUUCGAGCUCUAUGGGGCCGACUUCAUCCUGGGGCGAGACUUCAAGCCCUGGCUCAUAGAGAUCAACUCCAGCCCCACCAUGCACCCCUCCACUCCCGUCACGGCCCAGCUCUGUGCCCAGGUGCAGGAAGAUACCAUCAAGGUUGUGGUGGACCGCAAACUGGACCGAAACUGUGACAUUGGCAACUUUGAACUUCUGUGGAGGCAGCCUGCUGUGGAGCUGCCACCGUUCAAUGGGUCUGACCUCUGUGUGGAAGGGAUCAGUGUGAAGAAACCCAAGAAGCAAAUGCCUCCCAUCACCAACCUCAGCUUCACAGACUCGCUCUUGGAUACCACGCUCAAAGUGCGCAGCCCCCGGGCUCUACUGGAUGCAGCAAUCGGACCCUCCCGAAUGAGCCUUCGGCAGGACUGGAAACGGGAAGAAGCAAAGGUACUUUCAGCCACCUGGUCUGUACCAGUAAUGGCUGCUGAGGGCAGAGGUCAAGCAAAGCCCACUUAUGAGUUCUCGGUUAGUAACUAUCAAGAUGGAGACAGUAAGGCCCCCAAAAGCGUUUUUACCAGAGCCCAAUCCACUAAACACUCGGAUCCAAACUUAACAAGUGUACGGCACACUGCCCCGGUGCUGCAGAAUACGAAAACCAUGGGGAAGCCCCAGUCUCCACCACCCAGAGCAUCAGGACUCCCUCCGAGAAGGAUAGCCAUCGUCGUGUUAGACUCCCGCCCACGCUUCAGCAUGACGUCACUCAGUGAUGACAUCAGCAGAGACUCUAUUUCCAGACAAGAAAGGUUCUGGGUGGACAUAAAUCUGGGGGGGGGGGGUGCUUCACCCCAUCUCACCGCAUUGCAGGUGUAGACUGUGCUGAUUCGCACUCUGGCCAGACCCCACAGGUGGGUGUUGCUGCUGUCACGGCUGCUCUUUCCUCUUGUAAAGUGUUAGUGGGCUGCUUGUAUGUUUCCACUGGACAGUGAAAUGAAAAUUAGCAGUCGCCACAUGUUUAGCAACCACUUUGGUUUUUUUCUGGAAAGUUCUGGAUUUGCAUCCAAAGAAUCCCGGGUCCCACUCUGUCUUACUUGUCAUAGUUUCUGUUAGAGACUCCCCUUUUUUCCAUUUUUUGUUGCAAAUAUUUCCUACACUAUAACUUGUCUUUUCACCCCUUUGUGGUAUUUUCUUUUUGUGUAAAAACAUCUUAACUGUAAUACAAUCAAUUUAACCAACAUCUCUA